AUGAAACGACGACUUUUCAACCAAAGUCUUCUGCGACGUCGAUCAAGUUGUGGCAAACGCUGUGUCACAAUUUCAUCGUCUGCAAAUCGGACAGCAGCAAAAGUAGGAGGAAGCAGCUCCACAAUAACCUUCAGCACAUCUGCUAAAAAGACAAUUCGAAAGGAAGCUUUUGCACAACCGUCGUCAUAUUCUUUCUACGGUGCCAUUACUGCAGCAUUUGGUACCGCAGUUGCAUUUGAUACAGCACUACUGCCAACUUCAAGAUCCUCUUGUGAUGCCCCGCAAAAACCCGACGCCAACUCGAUUGCAACGAUUGCUUCGGAAACAGAAGACUCUGCCCCCCCUGAGGACGAUAUUCCGUUUCUCGCAACCAGGCCAUUGUGGCCCGAUGGAGUUUCGGAAGAAGAUGUGGAUGCCCUAGUUGAAAUCAUAUUAGAAGAUCCGAGCAUCAAUAUCCAAUUGGUUCCAGAUGCCGUUGAGGCGAUUGUGUACAAAUCAGCUGUCCGACUGGUACUCAAUUUGUUCUACCGGCUCUUGAACGAUUUGAAUGGCGUGCCGCUUCUCUCGCACCAGAUUCAGGUGGCGCGGCUCUUGGAUGAGGAAGAAGAAGAAAACGACAAAGAGCUGACUAGAAGCUGGUUCAGUAAUUCAAGCGAAUCGGUAAAGAAGAAGAAAAAGAAGUAUCGGCGCAUUGCGGAAGCCGCUGCAAUGAUGCGAUCUGGUGUGAACGAUGAAGUCCUGGAUACCGUUGCAGCCCGUUUGUUGGAAAAUCAUGCUGUGAACAAUGCAUAUAUACCUGACGUCGUAGAGAUCUAUCUGUACCAAAGCUGUCUGAAGGUAAUCUUCCGUACGUUGCAGAUACUCAGUCAUACCUUCAGCAUCAACCUUUGUGGACACGACAUUUGCUUGAUGAUUAAGCCUACGGUGCUAGAACAAUCUGCUCUCACUGCUGCGAGUUCCAUUUCAACUACUAAUACUCUUGACGGGAAGCCGCGCCCCAAAAGUAAAUGGAUGGAUUCUGAAAUCGACCAGAAAAUGCUGGUAGACUUUGCUUUGAAGUCUGGAAAUGGCGAUGAUGGCUAUUUCCGUGACGAGAAUAUUUCGUGGUGGGAUCGCUUUUGGUUGCGGCGUCGGCGGACGAUGAUUGCUAAUCUCCACUCAUCGUUGUAUGCACUAAUUCUUGGUAUUGCUGACGACCUUCUCCAACAUUCCAACAUCAAGCUUCUGUCGGAUGAUAUUUUCCUAGACAUUACACCAGGAGGAGCCCCUUCUGGCAAUCAGACGUCGGAGGCACUCCCAGCUGACAAGACGAGCAAGGAUGAAAACAAUAAGUCGGGCCAUGAGGUUAGCGGCAAGAAGACUUCGCCGAUAAGGUCUUCUUCCCCGUUUUCCUUCCUUGCUGGUAUGGGUAUUGGUGCUGGUCUAAUGUUCCUUUUGUCGGGGACUCGAUAG